AUGCCUGCCCUCUCCGAAGAGCUUGUUGCUUCUAUCACAAAAUCUGUACUUGAUGGAUUCGAUGAGCAAAUCGCGUACACACAGAAGCUGAUUCGGUUUGGUGGCCAACGCGGUGAGGAAAGUGAUGUUCAAGGCUUUGUAUUCCAGCAGCUGGCCGACCGUGGGUACAGCCCGGUUAAGUUUGAUAUGGAAGAACAAACACUUUCACAACAUAUUGGCGCGGGCAAAUUCAGCUCCAAGCAUUCGCACGCACCCGUCGUUGUGGCCACACAUAAGCCAAAAGCGCAGCACGAACAAGGCAAGAGUCUCAUACUGAACGGGCAUAUCGACGUCGUGCCUCUGGGACCUCUGGACAUGUGGAAGGACGAUCCUUACAGUGCUCGGAUAGUUGGAGAUAAACUCUACGGGAGAGGUGCGGGAGAUAUGCGAAGUGGUCAAGCUGCAAAUCUUUGGGCUUUGGACGCACUACGACGCAUUGGUCUACAACCAGCUUCGGAGGUCAUAUUCCAGUCUGUUCCAGAGGAAGAGUCUACUGGCAAUGGUACUUUAAUGACGCAUUUGAAGGGUUAUAGAGCCGACGCCGCCCUGAUUCCCGAGCCAGUACAGGAACAGCUUGUUCGGGCAAACGUUGGUGUUUUGUGGUUUCAGGUUGAAGUUCGUGGUAGACCAGUCCACGUCAGGGCGAUGGGGACAGGAGUUAAUGCCAUCGACUCUUGCUGGAAAGUAGUCGGUACCUUAAGAGAGCUUGAGGUCGACUGGAACGAUCGUCACGCGGAUGCACAGCAUUUCGAGGAUGAGAAACAUCCCCUCAAUCUGAACGUCGCAAUUGUGAAUGCCGGAGACUGGGCAAGCUCAGUGCCUGCUUGGUGCCGCAUAGACUGUCGCAUCGGCAUUGUGCCAGGCGUGACAGCCAAGUCGGCCGCCGACGAAAUCGAGAAGAAAGUGGCAGACUUUGCCAAAAACGACCCCUAUCUCAAGGAAAAUCCACCGAAGAUCACCUGGAACGGUUUCUUCUCUGAGGGUUAUGUUCUUGAACCCGGUAGUCACGCUGAGAACACCUUACGUAAAGCUCACAAGCAGUCGACUGGACAGGAGUUGACCAACCAAACGUCAACUGCAUACAUCGAUGCGCGCGUUCACAGCCUGUACGAUAAGAUUCCGGCGCUCGUCUAUGGACCCAUUAGUGGAGAUGUACACGGAUUCGAUGAGUGGGUUAGUAUUGAGAGUCUAAAACGAGUCACUGUUACGAUCGCACUAUUUAUUGCGGAGUGGUGUGGUGUUGAGAAAGUCUAA